AUGCCGGCCAUGGUGGAGAAGGGCCCCGAGGUGUCCGGGAAGCGGCGAGGCAGGAACAACGCGGCCGCCUCGGCCAGCGCCGCCGCCGCCUCGGCCGCCGCCGCCGCCGCCUCGGCCGCCUCGGCCGCCGCCGCCGCCUCCGCCGCCUCCUCCUCGGCCGCCGCCGCCUCGGCCGCCUCCUCCUCGGCCGCCGCCGCCGCCGCCGCCGCCGCCCCCAAUCAUGGGCAGAAUAAAAGUUUGGCGGCGGCGGCGCCCAACGGCAACAGCAGCAGCAACUCCUGGGAAGAAGGCAGCUCGGGCUCGUCGAGCGACGAGGAGCACGGUGGCGGCGGCAUGCGGGUGGGACCCCAGUACCAGGCGCUCGUGCCCGACUUCGACCCAGCGAAACUGGCAAGACGCAGUCAAGAACGAGACAAUCUUGGCAUGCUGGUGUGGUCACCUAAUCAGAAUCUCUCGGAAGCCAAACUGGAUGAGUACAUCGCCAUCGCGAAGGAGAAGCACGGGUACAACAUGGAACAGGCUCUCGGGAUGCUCUUUUGGCACAAGCAUAAUAUUGAGAAGUCCCUGGCGGAUCUGCCCAACUUCACCCCCUUCCCAGACGAGUGGACGGUGGAGGAUAAGGUCUUGUUCGAGCAGGCCUUCAGCUUCCACGGGAAGACUUUCCAUCGGAUCCAGCAGAUGCUCCCUGAUAAAUCAAUAGCAAGUCUGGUGAAGUUUUACUACUCUUGGAAGAAGACGAGAACUAAAACCAGCGUGAUGGACCGCCAUGCUCGGAAACAGAAGCGGGAGCGGGAGGAAAGUGAGGAUGAACUGGAAGAAACGAAUGGAAAUAACCCCAUUGACAUUGAGGUUGAUCAAAACAAGGAAAGCAAAAAGGAGGUGCCCCCUUCGGAGACGGUUCCUCAGAUCAAGAAGGAGAAACACAGCACACAAGCUAAGAACAGAGCCAAGAGGAAACCCCCCAAAGGCAUGUUCCUCUCUCAGGAGGACGUGGAGGCCGUCUCUGCCAACGCCAGCGCGGCCGCCACCGUGCUCCGACAGCUGGACAUGGAGCUGGUGUCCAUCAAGCGGCAGAUUCAGAAUAUUAAACAGACAAACAGUGCUCUCAAAGAAAAACUUGAUGGCGGGAUAGAACCGUACCGACUACCAGAGGUCAUUCAGAAAUGCAACGCGCGCUGGACCACAGAAGAGCAGCUACUCGCCGUCCAAGCCAUCAGGAAGUAUGGCCGAGAUUUUCAGGCAAUCUCAGAUGUGAUUGGGAACAAAUCAGUGGUACAAGUGAAAAACUUUUUUGUAAAUUAUCGGCGCCGCUUCAACAUAGAUGAAGUGUUACAGGAGUGGGAGGCGGAGCACGGGAAAGAAGAGGCGAAUGGGCCCAGCAGCCAGAACCCCGUCAAGUCCCCUGACCGGGCGCUCAAGCUGCCUGAAGAGGAGGACGAGGCUGCUUCGGUUCUGGAUGUCAGGUACGCGUCUGCCUCCUGAGGAGCGUCGCCUCGAGCACUUGGUGCGGGCGCCUGUGUCCCCGCGGUCAGGUAUCCCGGACGCCACCCAGCCAUCUGCAUCCCAUCUCUGUGGACAAGCAGCUAUUACCAAAAAGGCUCCACUGCAGUCCUGUGCUCUCCAUCUGCCUUAAUCCUCGCUCGUCCCGCGUGCCGGCGCUGCGCGCGGGGACCUUCUGGGAUUCGGGGACCAUCUCCGGCUCGAGCUCCCAAGCCCCUCGGUCAGCGCAUCCGUCAGCAGCUUCGAAACAGGCGUGGGGCGCGGAAGGCACCGCCCUGCUUCCCGCCACCCGCAGCGGCUGGGCCCGCUGCCCGCGGGAAGCUUCCUGUUCUCCUGAGGCGUCUGCCGAAGCGAUAAUCAUGUUUCUUGGAAAUCACCAGGUAUUGGCAGACUGCAUCGUCGCUUUCACCGUGCCAAACACCCCGAUCGGCGCUUCCCUCCACCUAGGGUACAAUCAUGCUUUAUAAGUGUAGUGGGCUUCAGCCCCCGCCCCGCUCGUUCCCACCCUCUCUGCCUGCGCCCUGCACGCCGAGGGAGCGGGGCCUCACCCCUUUCUGCCUUCAGCCCUCAGCGUGUGCCCCCAGGAUGGUGCCGCCCUCCCACUCGCACCUGGUGCUCGGACAUUCGGAAUCGGUGCCUUCUCCUUAGGGCAGCCAUGUUUGCGAUCCUUGGUCUGUUUCAGUGUCUUAUUUUUCUUUAAAGCUAUUGCUCGCCAAAGAUGACAGCACCGAGGUCGGGGCCGGGGUGUCCGGAGCUCGGGCGCC